AUAAGCAAAAUAAAUGUCUUUACGUUCUCUUUCUCCAUCUUUGAAACUUGACUAGAAACCAGAAGAGCAAAUAUAGAGGAUUGAGUCAUGUCUAUUUGAAGGUGCGUUUUGAGGAAAUGACCAAGCAGCAGAAAACCUUUCACAAGUCACGUCUUUUUGCUUCAACUUGAGUGAGCAACAAAACAAAGCUGAAGGAGGCUGAAGAAAGACGAUGAAGAAAUUUGACUUCAACAGUCUCAUCUUCGUCUGGCUGCUGCCUCUAGCAGCUAGUGUCGCUCAGACAUCUGGUCCGUACGGUAUGCCCACGGACGGUUCAGUCAGUCAGAGCCAGCUGACCACCCGAAUGUCCAUCACUCUGACCCCCACAGCCGACACAAACCCACUGGAGAAGACAAACCCUCCUUCACUGCCAACAGCUCAAUCAGUGACAACUCCACAGAGCGCCAGAGCCUCAACGCCACAAACUACCACGAGCGACGAGUCCAGCAGCUCACUGAAGCCUGACACAGCGUCCACAGCAAUGUUCCCAAGUAGCCAACCUUCAACUGCACCUCCAAUGCCCAGCAGCUCCACCAGCACCCAACAUGCAGCGAUGUCCUCCACCUCCGAGUUCAGCACCUCUAACACCACCUCCUCACUAACGCCCCCAUCAGAGAUUCUCACCUCCCCUCUAACCCCAUCAGUCAGGACGAAGGAUAGCAAUAUCACUAGUGUACAAACAACUACAGGAACUGAGAUACUGACGUUCAGAGCCACCAGUCAAACCACCAAGAAAACUAAAACACGAGAAGAGACGAAGGAGUCAAGCUCUGGCAAGAUCGUGGCAGGGCUAAUUGGUGGGGCUCUGGCUCUGAUGAUGGUGGGCUUCUUGGCCAUUUAUAUCAAGAAACGGAGGAUUCAGAAGCAGCAAAUCAUGGUGACAGACUGGGCUGGCCCCUCUCCCUUUCUACAGGAUGAAAGAGACGGUGGUCUGGUCACACAGAGGCCAUCCAACCACAUCUCCAUCGCCAACUUCCUGCCUCGCAGGCUGUCCAAAAGACUGUCCCUACUUCACGACAUGGAUCAAGAGUUAAAGGACAUGAGUCCCGCCGUCACAUUUGGUCAUGAAGGGCAAGGUAAGGAGGCAAAAGAGAGCAACGGGUUAUCUGCUUCAGACACUAAAACCCAGACUGAAAAUGGAGAGCCUCUUGAAAGCUCAUCAUCUCCACCUAAAGGUCCUACAAACCCUUGAUCAGGCAACACCACUGGAAAUGGAACACCUCCUGCAACCUGAACUUUGUGAAAAAAUGCUCAUUCCUGUUGCUGUGCUUUCUCUGCUUCUUGCUGCCUCAGUCCCAGAAAACAGGAAAUUGACUAAUGUGGUUUUGUGAUGAAGAAAUAGUGAUGGGACAUUGUGACAUUUCCUCCGGGGUCAACAAAUACAAUUUACAUGCAGUAGGGCUAGGUUGAUAAAAUCAGUUGGAUUAAUAGAUUUAAGAUUAACAGAUCAAUAACCGAUUCAUAAAAAAAGUAGAUCGAUUUAGCACAUAAAGCUGAAGUCCGCUAGCUUGAUGCUAAUGAUUAAUGGAAUUUCCCAUACGAUGGCUAAUGCUAACACUUGA